AUGGCGGUGGCGCGUGAGGACGCGGCUUUGCCUCCUGGAGAAGGAUUAGUGGUGAAUUGGUCAGGGAAGGGGCUACAGAAAUUAAGUCCAAACUUACCCUGUGAAGCUGACAUUCAUACUUUGAUUUUGGAUAAAAAUCAGAUUAUCAAAUUGGAAAAUCUUGAGAAAUGCAGACGAUUAAUACAGUUGUCAGUGGCUAAUAAUCGGCUGGUACGGAUGAUGGGUGUGGCCAAACUGACCCAACUCCGGGUGUUAAAUUUGCCUCAUAAUAGCAUUGGCUAUGUGGAAGGGCUAAAGGAACUAGUACAUUUGGAGUGGCUGAAUUUGGCAGGAAAUAAUCUCAAGGCCAUGGAGCAAAUCAAUAGCUGCACAGCUCUACAGCACCUCGAUUUAUCAGACAAUAACUUAUCCCAGAUAGGUGAUAUAUCUAAAUUGGUAUCACUGAAGACCCUGCUUUUACAUGGAAACAUCAUCACCUCUCUUAGAAUGGUUCCAGCUUAUCUACCAAGAAGUCUCGCUAUCCUUUCUUUGGCAGAAAAUGGAAUUCGGGACUUAAAUGAGAUCUCUUUCUUGGCAUCCUUAACUGAAUUGGAACAGUUGUCGAUCAUGAGCAAUCCUUGUGUGAUGGCAACUCCUUCCAUUCCAGGGUUUGACUACCGACCAUACAUCGUCAGCUGGUGCUUAAACCUCAGAGUCCUGGAUGGAUAUGUGAUUUCUCAGAAAGAAAGUUUGAAAGCUGAAUGGCUCUAUAGUCAAGGCAAAGGGAGAGCAUAUCGACCUGGCCAGCAUGUCCAGCUUGUCCAGUAUCUAGCUCUGGUCUGUCCUCUCACUUCUACACUGGGUCUUCAAACAGCAGAGGAUGCCAAGCUAGAGAAGAUUCUGAGCAAGCAGAGGUUUCAUCAGAGGCAGUUAAUGAACCAAAGCCAAAAUGAAGAGUUGUCCUGUCUUCCUCCUGCUGAAACAAAGGCACCAGAGCAUUCGAGCCCCCUUCAAGAUGGCCAGACAGUCCAGGAGUGCGAACCCGUCAUCCAAGUAAAUUCUUGGAUUGGGAUAAGCAGUAAUGAUGAUCAAUCAUAUGCCGUGAGGAGUAACUUUCCAGCCUCUAUACACACUACAAAGUAUUCUCGAAAUGACCUGCACCUGGAAGACAUACAGACAGAUGAGGACAAGUUGAACUGUAGUCUUCUCUCUUCAGAGUCUACUUUUAUGCCAGUUGCAUCAGGACUCUCCCCAGUAUCACCUACAGUUGAGCUGCGGCUACAAGGCAUUGACUUGGGCCUAGAAGAUGGUACAAAUGACUCUGUGAAAGGGCAGGAAGACCAGGAAUUGGAUAAAGAAGAGGAAAAAGCUUUGAGGACUACAAGUGAGAAUUCUGUUCAAAUGAUGAAAAAUGCAGUUGGUGCAGAGGUCAGUGAGAAAGAUGGGCAGGUACCUUGCCCUGAGCUAGCAGUAGCCAGUGCUCUCUCGAAAGGUGACACGAACAGCCUUCCAUCUUAUCCUGAGCCAGUUGAACACAGUGUCUUACCUACAAAACCAGACAGAAAAGAAACUGCGUCUGAAACUGCUUCAGAAGAAGUUCCUUGUGAGACUUUUCCCCAAAGCUCUGUUGCUUUGGUACAAGAUGAAGUUGCCCUUCAGAAACUGAAUGAGGCAGCCACAACACUGCAGGCUUGUUGGCGUGGCUUUUAUGCCAGGAACUAUAGCCCUCAAGCCAAAGGCGUGCGCUAUGAGAUCCGGCUGCGCAGAAUGCAGGAGCACAUUGUCUGCCUCACCAAUGAAGUAAGGAGAUUAAGAAAAGAAAGAGAUGAAGAACGUAUUAAAAAUUUUGUACAAGAAGAGGCUGUCAGAUUCCUUUGGAACCAGGUAAGAUCUCUGCAAGCUUGGCAGCAGACUGUGGACCAGCGUCUAAGUUCCUGGCGAACCGAUGUUCCUCCUAUUUCAAGUACUCUGGUGCCAUCUGAACAUCCAUUAUUCCCCCAAAGCCAGGAGCCCUCCUCUGAUCAAAAUUUGGAUUGGUUCGUUGCUCCUGAUGAAGCUCCUCAAAAGAAAUCCUUGCCGGAAUUUCCAGACUCUGGGUUUCAUUCCUCCCUAACAGAACAAGUUCACUGUUUGCAGGAUUCUUUGGAUUUUGAAAAAAGUUCCAGAGAAAGCACUGAAAGUUCGAUAAUGGGGAACUCCACUGACACAGUCAGGCAUCGCAAAAUGUCAGGUGUAGCGGAUGUUAGCGGAGAACAUGGUGAGUGGAGUAAGGAAAGCUCAAACAGUGAGCAGGACAAUAAUCUGCUUGAACAGUACUUAACUUCAGUUCAACAGCUGGAAGAUUCAGAGGAGAGGACACAUUUUGCUGACAGGGCAGGAGAUAGUAUGCUUCACAUAGAUCAUUCCCCUGAAAAGUUAGAUGCCUUGUCUGACAAUGCUUCUGUAGAUGGUACUCAUGUCACAUCUCCUGCUUUGCAAGAUGGAAUCAGCCAGACACCAGAGGAUUGUAAAUUAAAUGCAGAAGUUGAAGGGCAGCAGUCAGAGUGUGAUUCUACAUUUCAGGAAUUGCAUGUUGGUAUUGCAGUGUAG